AUGGUGCCUCUUCGAGUGCAAUCAUGGUGGAUAGCACUUCUGUUCCUGGUUAAUUUAGGACAAGGUAGUGGACAAGCAACGGACGUGGACGUGCGUAUUGUUGCACCAAGCUGGGUCCCUCGCGGGAGCUCGGCCACCCUCCGCUGCAUGCACCAGGUGCCACCACAAUUGCUAUACAAAGUCGAGUUCUUGAGAGCUGGCUCAAAGCUCCUCCAAUAUGUUAGAGAGAGGAGACCGCCUUACACAAAUUACACUUUCCUUGGAGGGAAAAUUAAUAUGUCUCUCGUGACAGAAAACUCUGUCACGCUCGAGGACCUAGAUCCAAUCGCCUCAGGGCUGUACUGGUGUGAGGUGUCCCUUGAGGCGCCUAUUUUUACAGCUGCGUCACCACCUCAUCAGCUUACUAUUGUAUAUCCACAAAAGCAUCCGCCUAUCAUAACAUUUGGUAACCCGGACGUGGUGGUGGGCGGGCUCCUUCGUGCCAACUGCACGAGUGCGCCGGCCGCGCCCGCUCCUAAGCUUACCUGGUAUAUUGAUAAUGAAAAGGUUCCUGAUGAAUCUACAAGGUAUUUCUCUUAUCGUGUGUCAAGCUCAACACGAACUAAAGGGGGUGGCAUUCGACAUAGAAAGUACCAGCAUAGAUAUAUCGCGCCAGAAUUGAAUUACACUGCAAAAUAUUGGGCAUUAGUUAGCGAAACAACGAUAUUACCAUCUGCUAAUUUGACUAAGCAAAGUAAAUGCACUUUGAAGAACGAUCAAAAUGUAGACUUUGUUAAGAUUCGUGAAAGACCAAGAGAAGUAUUACCUCCCAUAUCUCUAUGGGUGUCUAUCGCCGAGCUCCGCACGCCGGCGCAUGGGCGACUGCGGCUCACGUGCACUGCGACUAUACCCGAUAAAGUGGGCCCCGGAGAGCGAUAUGCUGAUAUUAAAAAACAAACUGUCACAGUGGCAGUAAAUGAAUUAAGUUUAAAAAAAUCGCGAAUAGAAACCACUAACGCAAAUGCAACUUCGUCUAAAAUACAACAAUAUCAUCCAAUUCUACUUAUUGGCUUUGGAAUUAUUAUAAAUGAGCUUCGACCUACGUAC